AUGUCGGAGAACACACAGGAUAUUUUAAUAAAAGAAGCCGCGGCCGCCGCUGCAGUGAGUGGAUCGCUAUUUAGCACAUUCGACAUAAUAAUGCUCGUCGUUUUAUUUGGGGCGGCAGUUUGGUGGCUCUAUAGUUCUAGAAAAGACAAUAAGAAGGACGACUUGUUACUAAGCAAAUAUUCAAUUCAACCUGCAGCAACAAUAGAAGUAACAGAAAAUUCAUUUAUUACCAAGCUUCAGUCCUCUGGGAGAAGUCUAGUUGUAUUUUACGGGUCACAGACUGGUACUGGUGAAGAAUUUGCGGGUAGACUGGCCAAAGAAGGAAUAAGGUACAAACUGAAAGGAAUGGUUGCCGAUCCAGAAGAAUGCGAUAUGGAAGAACUUGCAAAGCUAAAAGAUAUAAAGAAUUCUUUAGCUGUGUUCUGUAUGGCAACGUAUGGUGAAGGAGAUCCCACGGACAACGCCAUGGAGUUUUUUGAAUGGCUAAAGAAUGGAGAUCCAGAUUUAACUGGAGUAAAUUAUGCUGUGUUUGGCCUUGGAAACAAAACAUAUGAACACUACAAUGCAGUUGCUAUCUAUUUGGACAAGCGCCUUGAAGAACUUGGAGCAACACGAGUAUAUGAAUUGGGAAUGGGUGAUGAUGACGCAAACAUUGAAGAUGAUUUUAUUACAUGGAAAGACAAGUUCUGGCCUUCUGUAUGUGAGAAGUUCAAUAUUGAGAGUACCGGGGGAAGAAGAGUUAACAAGACAAUUUAG